GCUAUCGCAAUGCAGAUCUUUGUAAAAACCCUAACGGGAAAGACCAUUACUUUAGAGGUCGAGCCCUCUCAGGACAUAGCCCACGUCAAGCAAUGCAUUCAAGACAAAGAGGGUAUCCCCGUCGACCAACAACGCUUGAUAUUUGCCGGGAAACAGCUAGAAGACUCCCGCCUGCUGAGCGACUACAACAUCCAAAAGGAGUCGACGCUGCACCUGGUGUUGCGUCUUCGUGGUGGUAAAAAGAGAAGCAAGAAGGUGUACAAGACACCCAAACGCGUUGCGCAUAAGCAUAAAUCGAUCAAACUCGGGAUAUUGAGACACUAUAGAGUCAAUGAAGACAACAAGGUGGAGAGGUUGCGCGAAGAGUGUCCCGCUCCGAAUUGUGGUCCCGGCGUUUUCAUGGCCAGACACUUUAAUCGCAUGUAUUGCGGGCGAUGCCAUUUGACCAAUUUCUUUGAGACGACCGAAGUCCAAAAACCGAACAAGGAAAAAAGCUCAAAAGCACAAUCUAAGAAGUAAAAAGCGAAAUGUCUUCGUCUGAUGACAGAAGCUGCGAAUAAAAUCCGCGCGUUCUACAGAA